CUCUCGGGAGGAUUGGUGCGUGCGAGCGGGAGCGACGAGGAUCCUCCUCGUUAUCACCGUCAUCGUCGUCGAUACCGUCAGCGUUCUCGUCAUCGUCGUGGCCGUCGUUGGCAAAGUUCUCGGCGAGCAGCUGCACCGUGAAGUGUGCGAGCGGCGCCGUCGCGUCCCGCGUUACGGCUCCUCCGCACCAAGUUCAGCUCGAGGACCACCGAAGGAGCAACCGCUCCGAAACGUCCGUUCGUCGUUGCACUUGUGACAAAAGUCUGUUCCUCCUUUUCCGUUUCUCUUUGUCCUUGCACUUAUCCGUCUCUCUCUCUCUCUCUCUCUCUCUCUCUCUGCCGUUUCUUCGGUUCUCUUAUUCUCUCUUUUAGGCAAUCACGCGAGUGUGCGUAAUCUCUCAUUUUCUUUCUCACGCACAUCCUCGCACCCACACGCACAUAUGUACACGUACACACGUGAAUUACGCACCACGAAUACGUUCUCUCUCUUCCUCCCUCUCCCUCUUCCUCCAUCCAGUUUGCUCUCUCUCUCCCCCCCCCCUCUCUCUCUCCCUUAUUCCCUACUUAUUCUCCUUAUUUUUUUAAUCCUGGAUAAAACGGGAUAGGGACUAAAGGGAAAAGAAAAAGGAGUGAUCUUUCUCAUGCCACGACGAUGGCGAUGACGACGACGGUGAAGACGAAGCUGAAGCUGAAGAUGAUGACGAAGAUGACGUGAAACGUUGCCCGCGGUCGCACCUGCAUCCGAAAAUCCCAACAUUCGCAUUACAGUAUAGUGUCGCCGUGCAGUGUACACAGUGAAACACGCAUUUUCCCAACGUUGUCGUGGCUUUGGAGAACGACGCGACGCUAUGCGCCGCGUCGCGUCGCGUCGCGCCGCAGUAUGUGACCGCGUUUGUCUCGACCGCACGUACGUGUGCACGCUCGCCGCGUUCAUGUUCGAUUCUUUAUCAUACGUGCGCUCGUUCAUCCAUCCGCCCGUCCGUCCGUCCGUCCGUUCAUUCGUUCAUUCGCUCGCUCGCUCGUCCGUUCGUCGUUCCGUUCGCUCGCUCGCACCUUUUUCGAUUCCUCUCCGAUCGUCCCAUCGCCAGCAAUAAUCGACGCAUCGGACAACGCAUCGUGUUUACUACACGCGCCGUGCGCGCAAAGGUGCCGCGAUUACCGACCGAGUGCUCGCUAUCGCGCCCGUGCCCGUUUCUUCGCCGCGAUGAUGCGUCGUUGAAGCUAGUGCUGGUGCCCCAUCACCCCCGCAUUCGGUUCUGCCCUAUUGUCCCGGGUCUCCUACCGAAUCCGUCUCCUCGCCGCGUCGCGCGCCCGCCCGUCCACGUAUUCUCGCCGUCGACGGAGUUAUCGUCAUCGCCUCACGUCGCCGCGCUCUCUCUCUUUGUGUGUGCUCAGUAAGGUAUGCGUGCGACCGACGCGGCGGUCUCCGAUGAUCUCCGCGUUUUUGUGCAAGCCGAGAUACAGGAGCAACGCGGGGCGCACUCGCCGACGCGCUGCCACGACGCUACGAGAGCCCCGAAAAUAACGGGCCUAUUAAUAGGGGAUACCUCGGCGCAGCGGCCGCUCCGCGUGUGAACUUGAAGAUAGCGAGGAGGCCGACCGACACCGCCCGACCGACGAUCGCGAGUGUACUGGUUGCUGUCGGUUGGUGUCGGACGAGCGGGAUGUUUUAGCACGAAAGUCGACGCCCGAGUCGGAUAGGAGAAACGGCGAGAAGAAGCGAAGAGGCGGCAGCAGCGGACGGUACCGAGGAAAGCUCCUCUGACCGCGUAAAAGCCGAAGGGGGGAGACGAGAGGAGGAAGAGGAGGACCAUUUGUUGUGACCUCUCGUCGUGUAUGAGUACGCCCGCGCCUCGAGUCAGAGAACCGGGAGUGUUUUCCUCGGGUUUUCGGCCAUUCCGCGAUUUGUCCGUAUGCUGCGAGUGUGUGUAUUAUUUCCCUAUCUCUCUCUCUCUUUCUCUGCAAAUAAAAUAUAAAAUGACAAUUCGCAAAUAUCGAAUGGCAGCAUUGGGAUAAUCGUAAAGCAACACCUUUGAAAUAUUAUCUUUGCGAGUAACCGCAGAACGAAUUUACCAAAAAAUAAUAAAAACUCGGAUUGGCGCGUUAAAGCAAUUGAUAACUGUACCAAAGGCAAAUUACUAUUUUCACGAUUCAUCUCGAAAGUUUCUCGUUGCUAUAUCGAAAUAAAUAUAAAUUUUAGUAAAACCUUCUCAGUAUUCUUCCGCCAUCGCGUUCGUUUUUGGAUUAGCCAACGUGCCGACGCGACGUGACAAAAACUGAGUCCGCGAUUAUCUGGUAAUUUCGCUAAUUCGCUUGAACUUUGACUAUAAUUUCGCUGGGAGGCCAACGACGCGAUCAGCACCGACAGCGAUGGAAGUGCUAGCGGUGACGCCGUAGCGCGAUUCUGUCGUGGGAAUGGUAAUAAGCUCGGUCGCGGCUCGGUGGCAACGGGGACGAUAUUAAUAACGGCGAUGACGAGUCGCAGGUGGAAUACGGAGCGCACAAGGCGCGGGUCAAUGAGGAAAUUCUCGGGCGUAAGGUGCGCCUAUCUCGAGUGUUACUAGACUGCAGGGAACGGGACAAAGAGAGGGAGAGGGACCAGAGGCAGAAAGAGUGGAAGAAAAGAAACGAAGUGGGGGGGGGGGAAGACGGAAUACCGAGCGAAACGAACGAUUGGCGGAAAAAGAUCGAGGCGCAUCACACGGCGAGGCACGCGGCAAGAGAUUGCAGCGGAAGCGGCGACACGAAAACGAGGACGAAGAAGAAGAAAAGAAGAAAAGACGAGAGUUUUGGCAGUUCUCUCUCUCUCUCUCUCUCUCUCUCUCACACAGUGUCUACGCAUUCGAGUGCGGUGCCGCGUGACAGUGUGUGUGGACGCGUGUGACAGUGAGUUGCCGCGGUGUGCAGUGAGUGGUGAGAGACGGAAGGGGAGGAAGAGGAAGAAGACGGCGAAGCGACGAAGGGUGGAGUAAAUACACGGAGCGACGCGACAAAGGGGAAGGAAGUGCAACGAAGGAAGAGGAGGUGCACGAGGAGGAGGAAGAGGUGCAGGUGGAAGGAAAAAGAAAGCGGGCGAAAGGAGACAACUGGCCCUCCUCCGCGCGCGGAGGGAUGCGGAGUGAAGUAUGCUGAGGAGUAAGCGAGUGGCGCGAGUUUCAUGGAUCGAUCGGUCGAUCGAAUUUUCUAAAUAAGACACGCGCCGCUCCCGCGCGCGCGCGCGCGUGUGUGCGCUGCUGCGUGCACAUAUGCAUACGGGCGCGCGUGUGUGCGUGACCGCUGCACGGAACCGUCGCCGACGUCGUCCUCAGUCGAGCAGGCCGGGUCGGUGAAUCGCGCCGCGCCGCGCCGGUGGAUCGACCGCCGCCCGCCGCGGGAAACUUCAGAUCCGGUUCGCUUUCCACGGCUGACGUCAUUACCGUUCACAAUGCGCUAGGGGUGAUGGAGACAGUGGGCAAGCAAGUCCAGGUAGUGAGUGGACUGGGGGUGGGGGGUCCAGUGGGUCCUGUGGGCCCAGUGGGAGGAGAUCUGCACCAUCAUCAUCACCCUCACCCGCACGCCCUUCCUCCGCACCCGCACCCCCACCCCCAUGGUCAUCCCCAUGGGUCUCAUGGCCACUCGCUCGUCGGCGCGACGUCGAACCCCGGCAGAGGUCAGGCUCAACCACCGGCUUCGCAUAAUCAACAUGUACCUGCGAGGUCCACUCCCGUACAACUGCAUAGACCGACGCAGAGCUAUGUCAACAUCAAGAGCAGCAGUCCAGUGUCUCCAAGGACGGUAGGAACGGGAGCAACGUACGUUCAGGGUGGCGCGGCCGCGUCGUCCGCGGCGGCGACGGCCGCGGCCGCCGCUGCAACCGCAGGUGGGCCUGUUGCUACUGGUGGAGUUAGCACUGCUACAAGUAGCGGCGGCAUCGUCGGCGUCUCGAGUGUCCUGUCUGCCGCAGCGGGAGGCGGCAGCGGGGUGAAUAACAGUGCGAACAACGGCGGCGUGAACAACGGUGGUGCGAACAACGGCGGCGGCGGCGGCGGCGGCACUUCUUACGUCAGCAUGCCGAUACCUAGCGGUCUCCGGUAUAUCCAUUCCUAUCCUCCGACCACGGUGUCGGCGUCGGCGGUGGCUGCGAUCGUCACCACUGCCUCGUCACCAGCGGUCCCCGUGCCCGUUCCCGCGCCUGCCACCGUGCCCCCUCCGAAUCAACCGCCUACCAUUGCCAGCCAGACACCACCGCCGCCACUCACGGGGACUGCUUAUGCCGCGAGAGACGCAUAUCGUACCGGCACCACGAACGUGAAUGAGAGGAUCGCCAUCAGCGUGAGUAGCAGUCCCCUGUCACAAGUCGGCGGAGUUGGCAGCGUAGUGACUGCGGCUGAAUACGCGGUAAACAGCGGCAUGGGGGCCAGUGGCAGGGGCGAUCGGCCGAGGAUAUCCCUCUUGCCACCCGCCGGCUCUUCUGUAACGCCGACAGCGUCACCAACUGCCGUUGUCGCGUCGGAUUAUCAGCAGCAUGCGGCCGCGGCGAGGAAUCCGCCGCGGGUAGGUCUCAUGCCCGUCCAACCGGAUCAGUAUUGCAGCCGCACUGCUGUCGAUAUCGUUGGUCUACAGCAGGACACGCCGCCCUUCAAGAAAAUUCGCCUGGGCCAGCCACAUCAGCAGGUUCAGCAAUUACAGUCUCAGCCACAAUCACGCUGCCAGAGUUUGUCGCCCGCCGAUCCCUGCGGCAAGCAGGAGCAACAGCACGUCGUGCAAUUACAGCAACCGCUUAGGAUAGACACUAGGGAGCAGCCUGCCGUGGGUGCGUAUACGCCGCAAACGGAAGCCAUCUCGCCUACGCUUCCGGAACCUAAUACACAAGAAGAUGCACAAUAUAGAAGUUCCAAGGACGAUCUUUUGCAGCAAAUUGCUAAGGUUGAUAGGGAGAUCUCCAAGAGGGAAACUCAGAUGAACAUGUUGCGAAAGAGGCUAAAAGAACUGGAGGAAGCAGCGAACAAGCCUCUGGAAGCGACUGGUCUCAAGCGUCACAUUGAGGAACAGUCGCAGCAACCGAAGCAUCAAUCGUUGGCGCAAAAGAUUUAUGCUGAAAAUAGGCGAAAAGCGGAGGAAGCGCAUAGGCUUUUGGAAAGACUGGGUCCCAAAGUAGAACUACCUUUGUAUAAUCAGCCGUCAGACACAAAUGUGUAUCAAGAGAAUCGUACGCAGCAUCAGACUUGUAUGAGGACUAGACUCGUAGCGAGGCUCCGUAGAGAACAUGUCGAACGUACAUCUCUUCAUCAGCAACAGUCUCAGACGUACGCCAUCCUAGUUCAAGAGUGGCAUCGUAGGGUGGAACGAUUGGAAUCGACGCAGAAGAGGAAAUCGAAAGAGACAAAGAACCGCGAGUUCUUCGAGAAAGUGUUCCCCGAGUUGCGAAAACAGAGGGAGGACAAGGAGCGUUUUAAUAGAGUUGGUGCUCGCAUCAAGAGUGAAGCUGAUCUCGAAGAGAUAAUGGACGGUCUGCAAGAACAAGAGAUGGAAGAUAAAAAGAUGCGCUCGUAUGCCGUUAUACCGCCCCUGUUGUUGGAUGCGAGGCAGAGGAGAAUCGCAUUUCAAAAUCGGAACGGUCUGCUUCAACCGGAGGAAUUGGAAGCUCUGCAUAACGAGCGUAAAUUGAUCAACGUAUGGAGUUCCGUGGAACACGAAUUGUUCAAAGAGAAAUACCUGCAGCACCCUAAGAAUUUUGGAGUGAUAGCUCAAUCGUUAGAACAUAAGUCCGUUCCAGAUUGCGUACAUCACUACUACCUCACUAAGAAAGCGGAGAAUUAUAAACAGCUUCUACGAAAGUCGCGCCAACGGACACGUAGCUCUCGGAAUAAUCCGAAUAAUAAAGUAAAUAAUACUAGCUCGACUAUCGGACCUAUAGAUAUUUUAACGACGGGCGUAACGACAAGGUUACAGCGAGAGCAGCAACAGAAGACCCAGGAAAAUCCUCAAAACAGUUCGGCAACGACAUCUACGUCCACAACGAGCACGGUUACACCCAGCGUAUCCUCCACUACGUCGUCUACAACGGCCACAACUACGAUGACAACUACUCUGAACUCGAUGGCGUCGGGCGUUAGUAUAACGACUGACUCCGCAACGGCAUCAACGACAACGACAACGACAUCGGUCCUGAACACCAUUGCGACGUCGAGCGUCUCGGCGACGUCGACGACGUCUAGCACGAAGGAUUCCAGGGAGAUGGGUAAUGAGAACAAGGAGAAUAAAGCCGACUCGAAGGAGUCUCAAUCCGCGAAGGCGGAUUUGAAGGAAGAAUCACAGUCGAAUUCGGAGGCAGCGGCGGGGAAGGACGUUAAAGUAAUAAUUGAUGGAAAAGGCGCGUUGUCUUCCUCAUCCACGUUAAGCAACGCGACGAACGUCUCAACUAUUCAGUCAGAUUUCAAGGAAUCGGGUAAGAAGAAACCAGGCUGUAGGGAUACAACUAGCAGUGGUGCUAACGUGGCAGCUACCGGCAGAGUGAAGGAUAAGAAGAAGGAAAAUCAUACUCCUAUGGAAACCAGCGACGAAGAAGCACCAUCGGUCGACGUCAUUGAGAGCGGCAAACAGAUAGGACCUCACGCUUGUACGGUGUGCCAAAGUGUCGUCGAGGGAAGCACGCAUAGUCGCGCGUUACCGCGCAGCCAGGCGUCGCAAUAUGGCCUGCGGGAGGAUCAAGUGCCACCCGGUGCGCGGGUCUGCAACACCUGCAGAUGCAAGGCCGUCCGAGGACGUUACACCACCUGUCCGUUACCUGGCUGCCCGAAUUUAAAUAGCUCGAAGAACAGAGUGAAGCGACUCAGAGCAUUACCCUCGAAAUGGCUCGAUCUGCCACCGGAAAUUCGAGAACCUAUCGCUCAAGAAUUCCAGAUACCAAACAGCGCGAUGAAGUGCUGUUCGGCCUGCUUCAGUCGUAUAUCACGACGUUUGGCACCGCACCUUGCCGGCGGUACCGAGAUAUCCGAAGACGGAGCGGAUGCACUGUCAAGACAGUGGACGGAUGAAGAGCUUGAGCAGCUACGCAGAGCGCUUCGAGAACACGGUACCAAUUGGCCGAAAGUCGCUGAACAGGUACCAGGAAAAACGAAUCAUCAAUGCAAGAACUAUUACUUUGCCUAUCGCAAGAAAUUGAGUCUUGAUCAAGUAGUGGCCGAGUAUUACGCAUCACUGGGUGAAGAGCGCAGACCUUGUCUAACUGAUGAAGAAGAGAGCGGUAGUAGUACCAGCAGUUGCGACGAGCUAGCUGUCCAUGAUUCGAGCGAUACUGCGAGCGCAGGAAGUCCUGCAACAACCAUGACAGUUAGUAUUGGAUCGUCACAACAGUCUUCCAACAGCGGAACUGUAACGGUAGCGUCUGGCGCCAGGGAGGAUUACGACAGUUCUGCCACGGAGACGGCGGACGAAGGUCAGGGAGGUGCAGACUUGGAUAAUGGGAGUGUUGUGGUGACACUGACAACUGCCAAUAGCAAUGUAUCAACAUUGCAGCAACAGAAUCAGCAUCAACAACAACAACAACAACCACCACCAGUCGUACAUUCGCCGCCCUCGACGACGAGCAAUUCCAAUCCGAUUACUGUCAAGGAUCUUAUGCUUGGCGUUAUUGAGAUGCAGUUAAAGCGCAAUCCGAACAGUCCAGCUGAUAACAGCGGUUCGUCUGCUCCGAAUAGUUCUGGAACGCCGACGAUAUCCAGUAUCCUAAAGACGGAUCACCGUAACGACAUAACGUACGUUCGAGGUUACAAAUCAUCCUCGAAUAUGGCAAACACUGCAUUGUCCAGCAGAGAUUCAAAUCUUGCAACGCUGUCGGUUGUGUCAGGACCUCAUCAUGGUCAUCGGUCUGCUCCUAGUCCUCAACAAAUUGGUCAAAUGCAAGCCACCAUUACUCCGUGUCCGCCUGCCGCAUCGAGCAAUCAAGCCUCAUCGGACAUGCUUCCUAAAGAGGGCUUGGUAGUGAUGCAGGUGCAGCAAGCUCUUCGUGAGACCGAGGGUACGCUCGACCUGAGUCUGAAGAAACCGCGGCAGCAAGAGUACAAUCAUUCGCUUCAGCCGCUUCAUAAACCGCCGACAGUGGCGCUCUACCGACCGGAGCCGCCGCCAGGCGCAUACUAUCACCCUCACGCUCCUCAUCCCGAGCAAGGGCGCGGCGCGAAGAGUCCGCUCAUCUAUGCUUCGUCGCCACGACCUCAGGCGCCUAUCACACCGAAAAUGAACAAGGUCGCUGUACCGCCGUCGCAUCCCAAGUUGUCGUCGAAGGUUAGUGGAAUGGGAACACCCGGCCACAAAACGGGCUCCAUCACGCACGGCACGCCGGUAUCGACGGCGCGAUACGAGGGUCUGCUGCGACAGAUGACACCUCCCGGUAACGCGGCGGUGAGCGGCGCGGCUGCGAACGUUGGCGAUCGCGGUGGCGUCGCUGUCAACGCCACUUCUGCCGGUCAAGGACCGCCGAAGGAGACGGGUGGCUCCAUUACUCAGGGUACUCCGGUACAUCCAUUCGCGGUAGACAAACGGGGCGCACCGAUAUACGAUUAUCAUCGUAUUCGACACUCGCCCGUUACGGGUGGUGGUAACGUACCGCCCGGCCAAGGCCCGGCGAGUCAAGCGGCUUCGCCGGCGGUAGCUGUCAGUCACGGUGGUGGCGGUCAAUAUAAUUCUUACUCUGCUGCCGCCCGAUCAGCACCUAGUUACACGAUGGAACAACAGUUGUCCAAUCGGCAGAUCAUAAUGAACGACUACAUUACUAGUCAGCAAAUGCACGCGCGUGCUCGUAGUGGCGGAGGUGGUGCAGCUGCUGCUGGCGAGACAGCGGGUAAGAGCGAACCGCCACCGCCGCCACCAUCGACCCUGUACUACGCUAGUACGCCACCACCGCCGCCACAGACUCACACACAGCCACGCCAGGGCGUCAUCCAAAGGCACAAUCCGCAAAAGCAGAUACAUUAUCCGCCACCGCCACCAGGCUUGGAGGCUUUCUCCAGUUUAGUGGACGUAGCGGUGCAACAACCAAGUCUUCCUGUGCCGCAUCCCCAUGGCCAUCCAGCUGCAUCUAGCAGCGGCGGUCAUGAAGGUCUCGGCAAGACUAUGGCGGAUCGGUUGCUCGCUGAUCGUUAUGACAACAAUCGAGCUUUUCGCGAACAGGAGAUGCGAUUGCAAGAGCGUAUGGCUAUGCAGGAGAGAUUGGCGGUCGUGGCGGCGCACCAACAGCGUGACAGAGAACGUGAACGUGAUCUUGUGCACUUGCGGGAAAAGGAGGAGCACCGUUUGCAACGCGAGAAGGAGCUGCAUCAGUUGGAGCAUCGUCUGGCUGUACAACGUGAGAAGGAGAUCCAGCAGCAGGAGCACCGUAUGGCACAGCGAGAGAAGGAUAUUCAACAUGUCGAACAUACUCGCUUUUCCGUGCAGCAGGCUCGGGAGAAGGAGAUCCAGCACGAGCAUCGGCUCACCGUCCAUCAGCAGAGGGAGAAGGAAAUCCAUCAUCAAAUGGUGGCGGCUGCCGCGCAACGCGAGAAGGAACACCAAGAGCAUCGCAUAGCCGUGCAACAGCAGCGCGAGAAGGAGAUGCAGCAACAAGAACAGCGACUCGCGAUUCAGCAGCAACGAGAAAAGGAGAUCCAGCACGAGCAUCGUUUGGCGGUACAGCGCGAGCGAGAUUUAGCGCAUCUACAUCAGCAGCAGCAGCAGCAUCAGCAAAUUCAGCAACACAUCCAACAACAACAUCGCAUAGAGGCCGAGAGAAGACACAUCGCGCAAAUGUACAGAGAUCAGCAGCAGCAGCAAUUGGACAGAGAUUCCUCGAGAUUAUUGAGCAGUAGCUUCACACCUUCUCGGCUACAACAGUCGCAACAGUCUCAGCAGCAACAGCAAUCGUCGAGACAGAGCCAAUCCUCCAGUCAACAACAGAACGACUCGUCGUCUACUCUUACAGCUGCUAGUUUAAUAGACGCUAUCAUAACUCAUCAGAUAAAUCAAAGUGUGGAAAAUGCCAGCGGAAGCGGAUCGUCAGUCAACCAGCCCACGCGUGCUGGUGAUCGUCUCUUCCAGGGAUUUCAUCGCGAACCUCCGCAGGAAUCUAAUGGCAUAGCUCACAGCCCUGCUGGUGAAGGAGGUGGUAGCGGUAGCGUUGCAAGCGGCAACGGAAGUGGCAGUAGUAAAGCGAUUACUCUCGGCGAACAUGUUGAUCACAUUGUAUCGAAAGAUUAUGGUCCGCCUCACUCGUCGUACAGAUCUUACACCGGAUACCAAAUUUCCGAAGAUCAGUGGAAGAGACGGAAGGUCAGCGGAAACGAGCCAGAUUCGGUGAAGAGUGGGGACGAGCGUCAGAUUAUACGCGUCGCGCAGCAACAACAGACGCAGCAGCAUCAGUCAUCGGGAAAGCAACAACAGUUUCAUUCAGUCGAGCCGGUAUCGCCGCCGGAGGCAACUACGAACCAUUACGGACGUCGCUACUAUGAAUCGAGCACUGCCACAUCUACUUCCGGAACUCCCUCCAAUAAGCCUCAUCAGAUAUCCCCGUUGGAUUACGUGAAGAACAAGAUUGUCGAAGUGAUGCGCACGGAGGAUGAUAAAACCGUUGGAGGCGGCGGUGCGAGCUCGUCUGACAGAAACGGGGGCGGUAAUUCCAUCGUCGCCACCGAGAAGGAUGAGAAGGUGACGGUCGCGGGGAACGUGGAAAGGAGUCCAUCGGGUAGCGGUGGUGGCGGGGAGAUGAUGGUCGACGACACUGGGCCGAAUGCGGCCCGUGAGCAGCAGCCGCCGCCGCCCGCGCCAGCAGCCACCACUUUCUAUCCGUUCAGCGCCUUAGGCGUGCACACGGGCCCACCACCGGCCCCGCCACCCGCCGCUGCCACGUCCGUCUCCGUCGGCAAGUCCGAACAGAUGCAAGUCGAGCCGGCGCCGUUGCUAUCCGCGCAAUACGAGCCGCUUUCGGAUGAAGAUUGAUAGUCUUAGCCGUUUGUACGACUAUCGCUACCUCUUAACGCGACGAUGCACGGAUGCAAGAAAUACGGAGAAGUAUAGAGUGACACGUUUCACAGGAUAUUUCACGACGCGAUAUCAUUCACGGAUAUCGCCGAGUGUGGUCAUCAGUAGGACGACGAUUAAGUAUAUUGGACGAUUUACCAACGCUUGAGGGCAUUAAGAAGCCACAUUGCGUUCUUAUCGGUCGCCAAAUCCUAAUCUAAUUUAAGAGACUUCUUUUUAUACAUACACACAUAUAUGUAUGUAUGUACGUAUGUAUAUAUAUGUGUAUACGUAUAUAUAUAUAUAAAUUUAUAUACAUAUAAUAAUAUGAGAGCGCGAGCUCUCUGCUAAACGAGCGGAGAUUGGAAGUAUGAUGUUUUAAAUCAAGCCCCCCCCCCCCCAUAUUGUUUUACCAACUUUGUAAUUUCAUUAUAUUUUUAGUCAAAGAUCAUUCCCGCGUUACGCAAAAAAGGUUGAGAAUAUUUACGAAAGAAAUACUUCUUUUAUUUGCCUUUUCGUGAUGUUAUGCCAGCGUUCUGUUAAACACAUAAUAGCGAUGAAUAUAGUUUUAAUUAGUUAUUUUCGACGUAUAAUUUAUAUAAUGCUGAUAUGGAUACUCUAAAGAGUUACAUGUAUAAAUAUAUAAAUAUUUGCGUGAUAACGUGAACGGAACCGACAUUUCACCGCCGUGUUGAAUGGACCCUUUUUUUAAAUCGCGCGAAUUAUACAUAGUCGGAUUUUAGUUUUGCGGAAAAUUUACGAACGCGAUGAUAGGUUCAAGGAUGAAGCUGAUAUCGAGAUAGGAGCUGUAAUUUAAUAUUGAAUUGAUUAACGUGUACUCUCUCGCUUUAUAUACAUGUUUUCCACUUUUUAAGUUUUUCGAUACUCGCAGACGCGUAUGUGUACAUUUAGCGUUUCGUUUCGCUAAGAAGGAGAGAUCGAUCGACACUCGAUAUAUCCGUUCUGUUACGCAUAUGUGCUAAUAUAUACUGUGCGCGAGGCUUUAGUCGUUCGAUCGAGAUGAAUCAUUAUUUUUUAUGUCGACUUGGGCUUGGUCAGUCCGCAAGAAAACCACUAAUGCGUUCACGCAAACAUUCGAUCUGUGGAACGUCUAGGGCUGUAUAUGUAUAUCCCAAUGUUCACACAAUGCAGACGCUUUUCUUUUGUACAUAAUGGAGAAUGAUAAUAUAAUCGUUAAGUGGUAAUAAUCUAUAACGCUGAUGAGGCGCGCGUGUUUUUAUUUGGAAUGAGUCUGUGAUGUAUCUGGGAUUAAUAGGUUCAACUAUGUUAUAUACCAGUGCAAAGCGUAGCCUGUAGUCUGAGAGCAGAAAGAGAGAGAGAGAAUAGCAGAUGUGUCGAGGCUUUCGCAGAGGAGGCGUACAACAUAUUCUGGCACGUGUGAUGUGAGACAGUUCGUACGACGAAAUGUUACGGCAGGAAGAAUCGAUCUUCGGUGUCGUUCUCUUCUUAGUGAAGUGAAUUUCGUGAAGAAAACAGAAAAAAAAUUGUAACGCUAAGUGUUGUAUAUAGUACAUAAUAUUAAUUUCUAAGUUGAAGCAAGUAAUAUGGCUAGAUUACAUCGGUACAUGCUACUGUAUAAGGAGUUUAGGUUUAGCGAUAAAUCGACGUAGUUAGUAUUUAGGGGUUUAGACAGCCAUGAACUGAUUUUAGGGGAAAAAAACUCCCGAACUACGUUCUCUUAUUAAUAAACAAAAAACAACAGAUAUACGGACGAUUCGAUUGGUGGUAUUAUUAUUAUUUGCGCAAAACGGGAUUGGAUAUGGAUUUAUUUUUAUCCGUUUUUAUUCGAACGAACAUGCGUUUGCGAAUGUACGCUUUAAUAUCGAGUACACGCAGCAUAGAGUAACAUAACACACGCGCGCGUACACAUGUACAUUUACAUAAGUACUUUUUAUACAGCUUGAUUUUAUAUUUCUAGGCGAUCUGUAGCUUCAACUGUGCUCUUUUGCGGUCUGCGCCUCCGUUUCUUCAUUAUUGCGACACUCGGUAAAUUCUUCGGAUAUUCGUCACGAGUUACUUUUUUUCCCCAGCGUGAAAUUGCUGCACCGAGAGUCAUUGCUUCUGCCGUGUUCUGCGUCGAUUAAUAUAUUCUGCAUCUUCGUGCGCGACUGAAAUGUCGAGACUUUAGAGAGGUUUACUGUACAAAGACGACUGCAUCUACAUGCUUUUAACUAUGUAUUUAAAAGUUACAGAGAAAUUUUUUAAAGCUUUUGGCACGUUAUUCACAUAAUUCAAUUCAAAUAGUUUAUCAAACAAUAAACAUUUGUUCAGACUUUCUUAGCACAAAAUAUAUAAUUAUAGUAUACUCUGCUAUCAUUAUGUUGUAUAAGCUACACAGGAACUACAUCUUUUUUUAUAAUAAAAAUGAUGGGAAUUAUCAUGAAAUUUCUUAACUUGUGUGUUACGUUAAUGGUAUUAUAUUAAUAUAUUAAUCUUACAAUUUUUUCAAAAUUUUUGUUAAUAUAUAAAAUAUUUUUAUUAAUAAUAUUUUUUAAAUUAUUAAUAAUUUUUUGAAAAAGACCUGGAGGAUGUGUUAUACUUCGUCGUCUUCGUCCGGUUUAGCUCUGCGCAUAGGAAGAAAACAAUUUCGAUUUAAUCUGUCCGCCCGAUAGUGUCCUCAUACAGUGCACGGCAUCGCAUCGCAAAAGCGCGCAUCUUCGAGGAUUCUUCAUUGUACAAAGUAACCAGCGUGGUCCCGACAAAGCCGUCGAAUGCUUCCAGGAUACAAGUGGAGAUGGAUAUAUACAAAUAGAUACGCGCGUACACACACUACACACCGAUACACAGAGAAACGAACUAACUAAUUGCAGAGAAGUGAAUUAAUCUAGUUAGCCCGUGAGGCACACAACAUUGCGAUACACGACAACGCGACAGCCGUGGCUCGAACUUCGUAUACUUCUCGCUUAGAGGAGUGUCCUCGGCGUCACGUUUCUCCUCGUAUAGUACCUGAGCGACACAAAGCCCGCGUUUAACGAUCGCUCUCGUCGAAGAGAUCGGCGACUGAGCGUACUUCAUCCGACAGCGGUGCGAGAAUCCAGCCCUUUAAAGGCCACGCCAAAAUUUAUCGGAGAUCUUUAAAGGGAUGUUUCAAUAGAUGCCUGAAAAAUGUUGAACAUCCAAGGGAGCAGGACAAAUAUUUCAAAGAUGCGUUCUAGAAAGAAGAAAACGUCCGAAGAAUAUCGCAACGAUCUGGGAUGUCUUUCACACGUUUCCUCACCGACCCGUUUCUCCUAUUUUUGUUAUACUUCGUGCUUUCAUGAUAGAUAGUAAAAUUCGUUGCAGUGCUGGAAUCGCGCGGCCGCUCUCGGACGAGAUCACUCGUGCGAUCGAGAUUCGUCUCGGCCUUAGAAGCAGCUUCGGAACAUGCGCUUGUGUAACAGACGGGUCUGCGUGUACAUAUAAAAGCGCGAAUUAGCACAUACACAUGAAAAAAAGCUAGUAAGAAAUUGAACCCCCUGCUCCGUCAAGCAACAGAAAAUCGGCGUGUACAUAUAUAAUAUGUGACAUGCAGCGAUAUACGGGAAUUCCGUUUCGUUGGUACAUACAUAGAGAGCUCUUCAGGGUGUCGGGUCUUUCGUACAGGUCGAUUACUCGCGGCCGAUUUCCACGUUUCUUCUCAACGAGUAGUCUUCUUCGCGAUUUAAAUAGAUAAAAAACGUAACAAAAUUGGCUGUGUGUAACGAUGGUCGCUUUUUCGAGCAUUUGGUGAAACGAAUAGUCUCGAAGAAUUACUAUUAUAAUCACGUGAUCGUAAAUAGUAGUUAAUGAUUAAUUUGAUUAUCUGAAAUGUCGUUUAAAAAUAUAUGAUUUAUACAUUGUUGUCGCAGCGAUAGUCCUCGAUCACAUUUGAUAUUGUCUGAAGGAAAUCAGCCGCGAGUAAGCAAUCUCAGGUACGAUACUACAGAUGUACAAUAGACGUGAGAAGCGCGAGAGCGACAAAACACCGAUGACACCCCUUUCUCGAGAAGGGUGUGUUUUCGAAGAAGCGCAGCGAAGAAACCGGCGAAGCGAACUUUAUCGCUGCAGCUACCAUACGAGUAUCAUUUAGACUAGAGUUUUAGACGACAUUAAAAAGCGCGAAACGCCGCGUGUAUAUGUACCUACUCAUUUGUAACUCGUUGAGGAAGAAUGAUCGACUAGUUUGUUCGGUGUGUGUCUAUCGUUCGAUCCCUACGUACGACAUGCGUGGAAGAAGAAAAAAAAGUGUACAUAGUGAUACGAUAACGCCGAGAUAUACACAGCUCCCUCCCGAUUGUUGUAUCAUAAUAAUAAUACUAAUAAUAGUAACAAUAAUAAUAAUGAUAAAACGCAUACGGCGCGAUCGCAGAACGUCAAGCUAAGAAAUAAAAGAAUAAAGAAGAAAAAAAGGUGAGAGAAGAGAUGAUAGAUGAAGUCGAUGGGAAAGAAGCGAAAACACACUGUCUACGAACGUGAUUAUUAUCCACACGAACACGCUCUGUUAAUGCGACUAAUUACAAAGUAACUGAGAAUUAAUUAUAGCGAGCGAGAGCAUACCACGCCUACAGUAAAAACAGAUGUAGCAUACACGAUAAUAUUAUUAUCAAAACAGUUCAAUGUAAAUUGUUAUUUUUGUUGAAAUAAAAAUCACCUCCGUUAUAAUAACGAGCA